CUAUUAAUCCAUAAACCCUAGGGGGGCUCUGUUUGUCUCCACCUCGAAACCCUAAGGCCUAAACCCCCUUUUCCAUCUUCUUCCUCCCCCCUUUUCUCUGUAACAUCAGUAUUCGGCUACUCCAGAUCUACGGUGAGUUUAGCAUAUUCUCAUUCUUGUUGAAUUCAAUUGAAAAAAAUGGCUGCGUUUUGCAUGAAUCCUGUGGAUACAACUAGUUUAUCAUCGUCAUCUAUAUUGAAUUCGUCGAAAUCCUCAUUGUUUUUAAAAUCUGGGUCAAUCCAAUUCUUAUUGUAUUCAAAGAAGAAGGAUAAUCUUUCAUCGUCGAGUCUUCGUUUAAAGCAACGUCGUUUUAAGAAUAAUAAUGGUGUUGGUUUGGUGAAAUGUGGGAAUCAAAUUGUUAACGAUUCUUCGAGUAAUGGGGGUGUGUUUGAUGGAGGUCUUGGAAGUUCUCCCGUUGGUAAGAGAACUGAUUUGAAGAAAAUAAUGAUAUUAGGAGCUGGUCCUAUUGUCAUUGGGCAAGCUUGCGAGUUCGAUUACUCGGGGACUCAAGCUUGCAAAGCUUUAAAAGAAGAAGGAUAUCAAGUCAUAUUGAUUAAUUCGAAUCCUGCGACGAUUAUGACAGAUCCUGAUUUGGCUGAUAGAACUUACAUUACACCAAUGACACCUGAGUUGGUUGCGCAAGUAAUUGAGAAGGAGAGACCAGAUGCUCUUCUUCCAACAAUGGGUGGACAAACUGCUUUGAACCUUGCUGUAGAUUUGGCUCAAAGUGGGGUUUUGGAGAAGUACGGUGUGGAGUUGAUUGGAGCCAAGCUUGAUGCUAUUAAGAAGGCAGAAGAUAGAGAUUUGUUUAAGCAGGCAAUGAAGAGUAUUGGGAUCAAGACGCCGCCGUCAGGGAUUGGGAAUACAUUGGAGGAGUGUUUCGAGAUUGCUAAAGAUAUAGGAGAGUUUCCGCUGAUUAUUAGACCUGCAUUUACUUUGGGUGGGACUGGAGGUGGGAUUGCUUACAAUAGAGAGGAGUUUGAGGAGAUUUGUAAAUCCGGUCUUGCAGCUAGUACUAUGUCACAGGUACUUGUGGAGAAGUCUCUCUUGGGUUGGAAAGAAUAUGAACUCGAGGUUAUGAGAGAUUUGGCUGAUAAUGUGGUUAUUAUUUGCUCGAUCGAAAACAUUGACCCAAUGGGGGUUCAUACUGGAGAUUCAAUAACAGUAGCACCAGCACAGACGUUGACGGAUAAAGAGUAUCAACGUCUUAGAGACUAUUCAAUUGCGAUCAUUAGGGAGAUUGGUGUUGAGUGUGGGGGUUCAAAUGUCCAGUUUGCUGUUAAUCCAGCAGAUGGUGAGGUUAUGGUGAUCGAGAUGAAUCCUAGAGUGUCAAGAUCUUCGGCUUUGGCAUCUAAAGCUACUGGAUUUCCAAUUGCUAAGAUGGCUGCCAAAUUAUCAGUUGGGUACACACUUGAUCAGAUCCCAAAUGACAUUACAAGGAAAACACCAGCUAGUUUUGAGCCGUCCAUAGAUUAUGUGGUGACCAAGAUUCCUCGGUUCGCUUUCGAAAAAUUCCCUGGAUCUCAGCCCAUAUUGACAACCCAGAUGAAGUCAGUCGGGGAAUCCAUGGCAUUAGGACGUACUUUCCAAGAAUCCUUCCAGAAAGCGGUUAGGUCAUUGGAGUGUGGGUUCUCUGGCUGGGGUUGCGCACCCAUCAAGGAGCUGGACUGGGACUGGGACCAAUUGAAGUACAGCCUCCGGGUUCCUAGCCCAGAUCGUAUUCAUUCCGUAUAUGCAGCAAUGAAGAAGGGAAUGCCAGUUAACGAGAUCCAUGAGCUGAGCUUCAUCGACAAAUGGUUCCUCACUCAACUUAAAGAGCUGGUAGACGUCGAACAAUUCCUCUCUGCCCGAUCAUUGUCUCAACUGACACGUGAUGACAUGUAUGAAGUUAAAAAGAGAGGCUUCAGUGAUAAGCAAAUAGCAUUUGCAACUAAGUCUACUGAGAAUGAAGUAAGGAUAGCACGGUUAUCUCUUGGGGUAACUCCAUCAUAUAAGAGGGUUGAUACCUGUGCUGCAGAGUUUGAGGCCAAUACUCCAUACAUGUACUCAUCAUAUGAUUAUGAAUGUGAAUCUCUCCCAACCAAUAAGAAGAAGGUGUUAAUAUUAGGUGGGGGACCAAACAGAAUUGGUCAAGGUAUAGAGUUCGACUACUGCUGCUGCCAUGCUUCCUUCUCUCUUCAGGAUGCUGGAUAUGAGACCAUCAUGAUGAAUUCGAAUCCUGAGACAGUUUCAACAGAUUAUGACACAAGUGACCGUCUAUAUUUUGAACCGUUGACAGUUGAAGAUGUUAUAAACAUCAUUGAGUUGGAACGACCUGAUGGAAUCAUAGUGCAGUUCGGAGGGCAAACACCACUCAAGCUUGCUCUUCCUAUCCAGCGUUAUUUGGAUGAACACAAGCUUUUGAGUGCUAGCGGGGCAGGGUACGUUCGUAUAUGGGGAACGUCUCCAGAUUCGAUUGAUGCAGCUGAGGACAGGGAGAGAUUCAAUGCAAUCCUAAAGGAGCUCGAGAUUGAGCAACCACAAGGUGGAAUUGCUAAAAGCGAUGCUGAUGCUCUGGCCAUUGCUAAGGAGAUUGGCUAUCCAGUCGUGGUUCGUCCUUCAUAUGUUUUGGGUGGACGUGCAAUGGAGAUAGUAUAUAGUGAUGAAAAUCUCGUGAGAUACCUUGAAACUGCUGUUGAGGUGGAUCCAGAGCGCCCUGUCUUGAUCGAUAGAUACCUUUCUGAUGCCAUCGAGAUAGAUAUUGAUGCUUUGGCUGAUUCAUACGGGAAUGUGGUCAUUGGUGGAAUAAUGGAGCACAUUGAGCAAGCUGGUGUCCAUUCCGGUGAUUCUGCUUGCUCGUUACCCACAAAGACUAUCCCUUCAUCGCGUUUGGAAAUUAUCAGGUCAUGGACUAAAAAACUGGCCAGGAGGUUAAAAGUUUGUGGGCUCAUGAACUGUCAGUAUGCAAUCACUGCAGCAGGAGAAGUUUUCUUGCUUGAAGCAAAUCCUCGUGCUUCCAGAACUGUUCCAUUUGUUUCCAAGGCAAUUGGGAAACCGUUAGCCAAGUGUGGCGCACUGGUCAUGUCAGGCAUGUCACUCCAAGACCUACGUUUCACGGAAGAGGUGAUCCCUAAGCACAUGUCAGUUAAGGAAGCCGUACUCCCAUUUGAGAAGUUCCUAGGGUGUGAUGUAUUGCUUGGACCAGAAAUGCGUAGUACUGGUGAAGUUAUGGGUAUUGAUUUUGAGUUCUCUUCUGCAUUCGCCAAAGCUCAAAUUGCUGCAGGUCAGAAGUUACCCCUCUCAGGAACUGUAUUCAUCAGCUUGAAUGAUCUUACAAAGCCACAUCUUGCUACAAUAGCUCGCUCUUUUGUGGAUCUUGGGUUUAAAAUUGUUUCGACAUCUGGCACGGCUCACAUACUAGAAAUGGAAGGAAUCCCUGUGGAGAGGGUAUUGAAAAUGCAUGAGGGAAGGCCGCAUCCUGGUGAUAUGUUAGCGAAUAAACAAAUUCAAUUGUUGGUGAUAACUAGUUCGGGUGAUGCCUUAGAUCAGAUUGAUGGCAGGGAAUUGAGGAGGAUGGCACUGUCUUACAAAGUUCCCAUUAUAACAACUGUUGCUGGAGCAAAAGCAAGUGCAGAGGCGAUAAAGAGCAUGAAACACAGCAAUGUGAAGAUGAUUGCUCUUCAAGACUUCUUUGAUGUAACUGUAGAUGCUCAACUGAACUUGCAGUCUGCUUCAAAGUCACUUUGACCUGCUAUUAGUUAUUUUGAGCUCUUUUUUAUAUAAUGGGUGUAGAUGUUUCUGAAUUUUGUAAUGCAACUGGUUUCUCUUUCUGUUAAGGUUAUUGAUGAAAAUCUUUUAGCUGGAACAUGAUUGUUUUUAACAUUUAUGUUCUUUUGGAGUUACUUAGAUGCAUUAGAUAAACUUGUUCCCAGAUGCACAUGUUAAGUGUGUUUUCUUCUGGUUGGGA